GGCGUGGAGUAUUAAAGUCGCCCCUCAUUUUAAAUCACGUUCAGUCGGUGGGUAGUCUGUUGGGUUUAUGCACCAGUGUAGCUGUUAGUGCGUGUAUCCUUAAUCCGGCAAACGAAUGUAAAGUUAGUUGCUAUUUUUGACUUUUAAUUUAGCCAUCUUGAGCUAGCUCUCUAGCUAGUGGUGAUCCCGAAUAAAACCCGUCUUACUCGGAGCAAACCUUUAGCUUAUAGUGACAGUUUGUUUGUUAACCUAACCUAGCUACAUAGCUGUAGUUAGUCUGACAUUCAUCUUGAACGUAACUUCGUACUUAUCUGACUGUCUAUAUCGAGCCUAGAUAUCCAGCUAGUUUAUCGAAUAAAUCGUGUCCAAUGAUGGGUGAUCAGACGACAACAUACGACGUGAAGCUCUAUGUUUAUGACUUGUCAAAAGGACUAGCUCGUCAGCUGAGUCCCUUGAUGUUAGGAAAACAACUCGAAGGAAUAUGGCACACCUCAAUAGUGAUCCAUGAAGAGGAAGUCUUCUUCGGGGGACAGGGUAUAUCCAGCUGCCCACCAGGUGGUACUUUAUUGGGAGAACCUCAUUUCAUAGUAGAUCUAGGAAACACUGAAGUGAAUGGGGAUAUAUUUACAGAAUACCUUUCAUCUCUGGCCGAAUCCACAUACAGAGCUGAUAGGUACCAUCUUUUUGAACACAACUGUAACACCUUCAGUAAUGAGUUGGCCCAGUUUUUAACAGGAAGAAAAAUUCCAUCAUAUAUUACAGACCUGCCAUCUGAUGUGCUUUCCACACCUUUUGGACAAACACUGCGUCCUUUUAUCGAGUCUGUCACCAUCACCCCACCUGGAAAUGCAAUGAAUGAUCACUAUGGAAAGAGGUAGACUUCACUUCAUAGGAGAGUGCCUUUAUAACACUUUGAAUGAGUGUCAACUCCUGAUGCUGACCUGCCAGUGUGACACAGUGGGCCUCAUGCAAGAGCAUUUGUGUAUAUUACAGUAAAUGUGAGUCUGAAAUGAUCAUAAAUUAGCAAAACAAACAGCUCUGUAUAAGCACAGACAUUCAUGAAAACUAUUAAUUGGCAUAUUUCACAACCACAAAUUGGCUUAUAUGGCCAAAUGUCCGCUUCUAUUUCUCUCAUUAAUAAAAAUGCUGUUUGAGCAUAAAAAGAGUAACUUUCUUGCAUCUACAGAUUAUACAGCCUUUAUAAAGCCUUUAGAGAUUCUAAAGCCUUUAUUUCUUGCUGUCACAGAAAAAAAGAAGGUGUGGUUUAAACACUUAAAAAAAAAAAGAUAAUCAAAUACCUGUAUGUCAGAUCUGAAGCAAUUAAAACAUUUGUUUGUACUUAGGACAUAAUUCUGCCAAAGAACAUUUGUGAAAACGGCAAGCUCUUUGAAAUUGCUCAUUUAAAAAUGAAUGUUUGUACAAGUAUAAGCUUAUAAAUUUUAUUGAAGCUUCAGGCAGCAACAGUUUAAUCUUCCAAGAACACAUUUUCAAUGUGUUUUCCUAAAAAUAAGUAUAAAAAAGGUUGGUUCUCUCCAUUAAUUGUUGAAAAAUAACAUUCCCUACAUUGCACUCUCAUCUGAUCAUAUACAGUUAUUCCAGUGGCUGCCAUGUCCUUGUGUUACUUGCUUGUAUUCCAUAAGUUAGCUUUAUUUCCAAAUAUACACUAUAAAUUUAAUAUCCAAAAAAUUUCCAUAAUGUCCUGAUAAAGUAGAAGGUUUAAAGAAUGUGGUACCUUGACAAUGCUACUACACUGAUACCGAUACCAAAUAUUAAUAUAACACAUAAUGGUAGAAAUAGGACUGUAUAUUGCUCAGGUUUAUUUAUUUAUUUUUUAAAUAAGUGGUAAAGCAUAAUUGUCCUGUGUCAUAAGUGCACUUCUCUGCCAGAUUUCAUCUUUCCAUUCUCCAGUCAUGAUAUCUGUACAUCUGUCUUCAUGACUAGUUGAUUCCUAUGCUAAUGAUUUCUUCAGUUUACUGUUUACUCCAUUCAUUCUACAUUGAUUUAUUGAUUCUGGUUCUUUCCUAGCACUGGCCAGAUAAACAUUAUCUCUCCUUACACUUAACUUGAAACAGUUUAAAUUAAGUUUAUAGAUAGGUUUGCAAUCUCUCUUUAAUCUUUGCAAUUUUUUGUCAAAAUGUGCUGCUUCACUUAUGGAGGAGCUUUUGGAAAAAUAAUUGAAGUUAAAAUGCCUCCAUCUCCCAGAAGAAUGGCUGGAAGGAUGAGCUGCAGGUAAAUUAAACAGGUCACAGUUUAAGAUAAUGGAUGUCUUGAAAUACACGAGUGACAAUAUAGUGAAAAAUAAUGGAGUAAUGACAGCAAAACAGUGUUCUGUGGCACCUCUUCACCUCUUAUCAGUCAGAAAAGACAUUUUGUUCAUGUUGAUAUACCUGCCCAUCAUGUGUUUUGUUUUUUUGUUGUUUUUUUUUUGUUUUUUUUGUUUUUGUUUUUUCAUGCUAGUAAACUGUCACAUUGUUCGAGCUGCUGUUAACUAAUGGUUCCAUUGCUUACAAAGUUGAUGUAAUAGUGAUUUACACAUUUAAAUACUUGUAUUUGUGUCUAAUGAUUAAUGGGAUGCUUUACUUUUGGUUUAACUAGAAUUUGUGUAAAAGAGAAUAUAUUAAAAAUGGUUUUGUUUCUUUUAUUUGAAUUAAGAUUUUUCUUUAAUAAUAUAAAUAUAAUCCUCUGAUGCUCUGAUUUGCAAAAUCUGGAUACUUAUAGUGUAAUGAUUCAAGUGGCCACUAAGGGGCAGAGGUAAACUACUGUGUUUUAUAUUUAAAUUUACAGCUGGGUUAAUUCUGAGACAAGGCAGGCCUUACAGUCAUCAGCAUUAUUUAGAAUGAUUAAAAAGUUGACUGUAAUAUUUACUGAUACAUACAUUAAAGUUUCUCUUGAAAGCUGAAGUUACUUUUGUAUAACAACCUGCUAUAGUUAAUAAAUGCAAUUAUACUUGGCAAUGUUGCUUAUAUAA